GUGUUACCAAGCCGUGAGAGGCAGUCACUCCACAAAAAACAACAAAAACCGACUGAUAAUUUUUAGUAUAAAAACAUAUUUGCUAGCAUAUAUAAUCACGCAGUUUGCUAGCCGAAACCGUUAUUUUAACUUUCGAAUUGCAGAAAAUACAAAUGAGGUUAUUUAUGUACAUAAUAGUUUUCAAGUUGGUGGUCGCCACCCGAAGGGAAAUUUGGUUAAAAGGACUACCCGGUUAUUAUGGAAUUCCAGGUCCACCUGGACCAAUCGGUCAGAAAGGGGAUAAAGGCGAAGCGGGAAUAUCAAUGAUUGAAGGUGAAGACAUGCCAGGAUACCCUGGGCCCCCGGGUCAAACAGGUGUGCCGGGUUUAUCCGGCGAUAAAGGUAACCGAGGUGUCCAAGGUUUUCCAGGUGAAAACGAUUUCUGCAGAUGUCAUUGCAACAGUGCUGGGACAGAAUACGAAGAGGACAUAAUUUGGCGCCGACGUCGCUCAUUAGCCGCUCGCGCCUGCGCCGCCCCGGGCUGCUGUGAGCCCGAAUGCUUCGCCCGGAGGCGUCGCCAAGACCCAUCCCUGCGCCGACGUCGCUCAUCAGCCGCUCGCGCCUGCGCCGCCCCGGGCUGCUGUGAGCCCGAAUGCUUCGCCCGGAGGCGUCGCCGAGAAUCGAGUACCUUAAUUGGACCGCCAGGUUACCCAGGUCGUCCAGGUCAGAAAGGCUUAAAAGGCGAACAAGGUUGGCCAGGAGUUGUUUAUAGGGGAUUACCUGGUAGCAAGGGUCUCCAAGGGCUGAAAGGAGUGGUUGGCCCUCCUGGUAGAAGAGGUCCACGAGGUGAUCAAGGUCUGAAAGGUCUUCCUGGAAUCUGCCAAUAUGAAUAUUACUGCGAGGCUGGGACAGAAUACGAAGAGGACGAAAUUCUGCGCCCACGUCGUUCAUCACCCUUUCGCGCCUGUGCCGCCCUGGGCUGCUGUGAGCCCGAAUGCUUCGCCCGGAGGAGUCGCCGAGAUGUCGAACGUGAACGGUAUAGAGGUUCACCGGGACUUGAUGGUCUUGGUAACAUAGGAUUACCCGGUUUGAAAGGAGAACGAGGAGAACGAGGACUACUAGGAUACUUCGACUCACAGGGUGACUUUGGUGAUGAGGGUGAAAUGGGGGAUCCGGGUUUUCCGGGCCCGAAAGGUUUGCCUGGUCCAAUGGGUCCUAGAGGUGAACCUGGAAUUUGUGGACGCGAAUGUUGCAAGGGGUCCAUGAGUCGCGAUGAUAAAGGUGCCAGAGUAGACGUCAGAGCCGCCGCUACUGAGGACAAGAGGAACUCUGAAGAGGAAUCAGAAACUCGUUACAAGUUAAAUGUUGAAAUUACUUUGCAAAAUAGGACGCUUACAUUUUCUAAAUACACAAUUAUAUAA